UUUUUCCUAGUCUCCCCCCCAGGCUUCUCAGGGUUAAUGCAUGCUUGGGGUGGGGCCUGACUGCCAACACAGCUCAAGGAAGACGGCUCUCCGAACUUGUGUCCCCCCUUUUACUCUCACUGGGAUGCCGGGACUUGUAGUCGGAGCAUCGGCUCCUGACUGAGUAGCGGCUGACAUCUCCUCAGUUCAGGGUCCGAGCAUGAGCCGGGAGGAGUGCCCGGGCAGCCCGAGGAGGAUGCUGAGCGCGCAGUGCUGGGCUCAGGGGGCUCCAGGCGCUAUACUGGCGCAAGCUGCCCAACGCUGACAGGAAUCCACACCUGGGCAGUAUCAAAGAUGAUCUGGCAGAGUGUGUGGCCUGGAGAUCUUAUGCUACAAUGAGGACACUCACACGGGUGGCCCCCAGUGUGUUCUUCAUAUACCUGCUUUCUUGUAUAAUUGUGUGUGGUACAGAGGAAAACACAAAUUCUAAAAUCCCAUUUUUAAAUGCGAAAUAUGACGGCUAUCCCAUGUUGUACUUUUCCAAAGGCGAAGUGGCGAAACUGCGUGCUCAAGCAGCAGGUAGCCAUCAGCACAUUGCAUCACGUAUUAAUGAGGCAGUUCAUACAAUGCUGACUAACCCCACCGAAUACCUACCACCUUGGGAACCAAAGGACUUUUCGGCCAGAUGGAAUGAAAUAUACGGCAACAAUUUGGGAGCACUGGCAAUGUACUGCGUCUUGAAUCCUGACAACACUGAAGCAAUUGGCUUUGCAAGAGAUUAUAUGGAAAGAAUGGCAGCACAGCCUAGUUGGUUAGUGAAAGAUGCUCCCUGGGAUGAGGUGCCCCUGGCACAUUCUCUUGUGGCCUUUGCCACUGCUUAUGACUUUUUGUAUGACUCUUUUACUAAGCACCAAAAAGAGAGGUUUCUUGAGGUCAUUGCCAAUGCUUCAGGAUAUAUGUAUGAAACGUCAUACAGGAGAGGAUGGGGGUUUCAGUAUCUCCACAAUCAUCAACCUACCAACUGUGUCGCACUGUUAACAGGAAGUUUAGUCAUGAUGAAUCAAGGGUACUUGCAAGAAGCUUACUUCUGGACAAAACAAGUUCUCACCAUAAUGGAGAAGUCCAUAGUCCUGUUAAAUGAUGUGACGGAUGGGUCACUUUAUGAAGGGGUGGCCUAUGGCAGCUACACCACCAGAUCACUUUUUCAGUAUAUGUUUCUUGUCCAAAGGCAUUUUGAUAUCAACCACUUCAACCAUCCUUGGUUAAAAGAGCAUUUUGCUUUUAUGUACAGAACUAUCCUGCCAGGUUUUCAGAGAACAGUUGCCAUAGCAGAUUCAAACUAUAACUGGUUCUAUGGUCCAGAGAGUCAGUUGGUGUUUUUGGAUACAUUUAUUCUGAGAAAUGGAAGUGGAAAUUGGUUGGCAGAACAAAUCCAGGCCAACAGGGUGCAAGAAGGACCAGGAACACCUGCCAAAGGACAGCGUUGGUGCACUUUGCACACAGAGUUUCUUUGGUAUGAUGCUUCAUUGACACCUACACCCCCACCAGACUUUGGGACUCCACAAUUGCAUGUAUUUGAAGACUGGGGAGUAGUGACCUAUGGGAGCUCUUUGCCUGCAGAGAUCAACAGGCCAUUUAUUUCCUUUAAAUCAGGAAAACUUGGAGGACGUGCAAUAUUUGACAUUGUUCACAAAAACAAAUACCAAGAUUGGGUGAAGGGAUGGAGGAACUUCAAUGCUGGCCAUGAGCACCCAGACCAAAAUUCAUUUACAUUUGCUCCUAAUGGAUUUCCAUUUAUAACUGAGGCUCUAUAUGGACCAAAAUAUACGUUUUUAAAUAACGUCCUUAUGUUUUCACCAUCUGAGUCAGAAAGCUGCUUUGCUCCUUGGGAAGGACAGGUGACAGAGGACUGCACUUCAAAGUGGCUAAAAUAUAAGCAAGGGGAGGCAGCUGACUCUCAUGGAACAGUGAUGGCAGCAAUGGAGAAGAAUGGAGUUGUUUUCAUCAGGGGUGAAGGUGUGUCGGCCUACAGCCCUAAACUGAAAUUAAAAAGUGUUCAAAGAAAUCUAGUUUUACUCCAUCCACAGCUUCUGCUACUUGUUGACCAUAUACACUUGGAUCAUAGUAGCCCAGUAGAUGCAACAACUACUUUUUUCCACAAUGUAGACUUUCCUUUUGAGGAAACCUCUAUUGAUGGUGUCCAUGGGGCAAUACUUAGGCACAGGGAAAAUAUUUAUAAAAUGUACUGGAUGGAUGACACUGGCUUGAGUGAAAAAGCUGUCAUCACAUCAAUAAACUACCCCCAGGGUUACCCGUAUAAUGGAACUAAUUAUGUGAAUGUCACAACCCAUCUCAGGAAACCAAUCACACGUUCAAUAUAUCUUUUUAUUGGACCUUCUAUUGACGUUGAAAGCUUUAGUGUUCACGGAGAUUAUCAGCAAGUGGACGUGUUCCUUGCAACUAGUGAACAUGCUUAUGCUGUCUACCUCUUUACAGGAGAUACUCCAAGUCAAUCGGUCUAUGCUAAAAUAGUUGCAGACAGACAAAAGAUUGUAUUUGAUAAAACCUCAGCCAUCAAAAGUUUUUCUCCCCCUGAGGUUAAGGAUUAUGUUAAAGUCCUGGAGCAAAACCUUCAGCACUUCAAACCUGUUUUUCAACAAAUGGAAAAGGAGAUCUUGUCACAUGUAAAAAAUACUGCCAGUUUUAGGAAGACUGCUGAAAGGUUACUGAGGUUUUCAGAUAAAAGGAAUACAGAGGAGGCAAUUGAACAGUUAUUUGCCAUAUCUCAACAGCAGAAACAACAGGGCAAGAUCACAAGAACAAGAAAGGGAGCCAGGAACUAUAAGUUUAUUAAUGCUGUUCCAGAUUUAUUUGCCCAAAUAGAGGUAAAUGAAAAGCAAACACGGCUAAAAGCAAUGGCAUUGGCUCAAAGUGAAGUUCCAGUCAAUGAAGAUGAAGAAAUGAAAGAUCUUUUAGACUUUGUGGAUAAACCUUCAGUUAGACAAAAGUCUGGUUCUUACAGCAGAUAUGGUCCUCAUCACACGUUGACUACACAUAAUAGGGCUGCAUCCAUAUCUGCUUCCUAUACUAGAUUAUUUUUAAUCUUAAACAUUGCAAUUUUUAUUGUUCUUUUGGCAUUACAGUUAUCCCGAUUUCUAAAGACUAAGAACAUGCACAGGAAAAGAUGUCUUUAUGCCAUACUCUCUAUUGAUUGUUGCAUUUUACUUUGGUUGUACUCAUCAUGUUAUCGAUCGCAGUGUUAACGUCGGACAUACUCUCAACUGUCUUUACCCUAUGCCAAAACUAAAGUUAUCUGCUGUCAUGUGAAAGUGGAAAGUCCUAAUCUAUGUAUGACUGACUGGUUCAUCAUUUAAUGUAUGUUUCUCAAAGGGAAAAGCACUAAGGACAAAGACGUUUAUAAUAUUGUACAAUUGAGACUGGAAAUAAUUAAUGGAGGAUUAAAGUGUUUUAUUUUUUAUUUUUUCAAGUUCCCUAAAUAAAUAUAUGAAAUUAUGUUGCAAAGUA